CACAUGCAAUAAUCCCAGACAAACACGAGAAUCUCCGCACAAUCACAAGUUGUCUUUGGUGAAUUGUUUAAAAUGGCUUCACAGGGCCCCUCGCCGAUAUCACAGCCACCAAACCAGGCACCGACCGCCACACCAGGAGCUGUCCGCGGGGCCUCGUCACCAGCUCCCGGUACUGCUACUGGUGGCCAACAACCCCAGCAAACGACACAGGCUGCCCAUCCAACUCAACCUGCACAAUCUCAACAGCAACAACAGCCUGAAUUUGACCCUAUUUCAAAAGUGAAAGUAUUGGUUCCUCAUUUAAAAGAAUCUCUAUCGAAUUUGAUGAAAGUAUCUGCCCAUGGAUUCCAAUGCUCAGCUUUGAUCGACAAUGCGUCGCAGAAAGCAGGAGAUGUCACAGUGCAAAGAUUUGACAAAAACUUGGAGGAGUUUUACUCUAUCUGUGAUCAAGUUGAACUCUAUUUGAGGUUAGGGUUAGACGGCUCAGCACAGUACGUAGACAGCGUUCGUCACACUCCUCUACCGCUAUCCACUGCCAAAUCAGAGGCGCCAACAAACAGCACAGACAGCCAGACUUAUAAUCAGUACGUCUCAACGGUUAAGUCGCAGAUUAGUUAUGCAAGAGAGAUCCACGAUGCUCUGCUGGAAUGCUCCAAUAAGCUGGGAGAAGGAAAACCAUCCAGCUGAACUUAGACUCCAGACUUUUAUAAGUGAAUCCUGAUUAUUUCUACAUUUUGUUCCUAUUACUGACAUUUGAGCUGCGACAUUGGAGUCAUACAGUGAAUGAGGGUGAAUCGCCGAGCAGUCUAGACCAUUGAAUUCAACUUCUGGUGGUUAAGUCAUAGGAUGUGGGUUCAAAUACCGGGUAUAACACUUGUGUUGUUGAGCAACAUGCUUUACCAUAAUUGCUUCUCUUCAUCCAGUGGUAUAAAUUGGUACCUGCAAGGGUAGAGGUUGAUGUUGUGUAUGAAAAAGCUACUGGAGCGCCAUGGCAGCCUGAGGCUGUAUACUCCCUUAAGGAGCUGAGGAAGAUUACAGGAAUACUAUCCUGACACUCUCCUGCCCAACUGGAUCUUUCCACAAAAUACCAAAGGAGACUGUAGAAACUUGUCCAUAGUACACAAGCAAUGGUUUCCACUAUCACCUGCUGAGGUACAAGAAAGACAUGCACCUUAUUAUGCUUGAUUGGAAGGUAUCGUACUUUGUGUCAGUCUGUCUAAGGUACCAUGGGUAUAGGAUGGAUUGAUUGAGUUGUUAUUUCUUGUCCCCCAAACUGAUCAAAUCAUCAACUGUUGCUGCUACUCUGAGUUCUGAUGAGAGGCAUAGAGACAGACUUUGAUACUGAAAUGUAAAUUGACUGUAAACAGAUUUGAGGUUUUCACCUUUUAUAAUGUGAAAAUUUGGACUCAAUUGGUCAUCGAAGUUGCAAGAGAAUAAUGAGGCUUCAGGCCUGCAGUA